GUGACGUCACUUCCGGCCGCCCGACCUGCGCCGCCUGCGUUCUUCCGGCCGCGUCGCCGCCGCCCCGCCAUCGAGCUCCGUGCCUGCGGCCGCGUCCCUCGCCAUGUCGUCGCACAAGACGUUCAGGAUUAAGCGCUUCCUGGCCAAGAAGCAGAAGCAGAACCGGCCCAUCCCGCAGUGGAUCCGCAUGAAGACCGGCAACAAGAUCAGGAGGGCUGGGACCCUCCCGCGGGGAGGGCGCGUCCCCGUGGGCGCCGGGAGCGGUCUCGCCGCGUCGGCCUCCCCUCGCCCAGUGCCCAGCGGUGCCCACGGAGCAGCUGCACGCGGAGGCCAGCGUGGGGGCGAGCGGACGGGUGCAGACCCGAGUUAGAGCCGGGACCGGAUCGUCAGGACCCAGACGUCAGCAACCGGAGCGAGUGGGCAGAGGCUCAGCCCCGCCGGGGAGCGCGGUUUCUGCGACCUCGGACCUCGACCCUGGACCCUCGACCCGCCUAGUGUAAGAACUCCGGCCGCAGCUGGGAUUCUCUCUAACGCCCUUCUAGGUCUGCUGUGCUGCCUGAAAGGGAGGAGGCUCCCUGGUUUCUGUUGAGGGGAUUUAACUGAACGACGUGACAUGACCUCUUGCCAAGAUCUUUUGUUCAUAAAGUUAAAUUCAGUGCGACCCAUAAUUCUACCCAAGACAGACAUGGGCCUGAGGGCACUCUUCCCGGGACCUAUUGGAUAAGUUUCAAACCACCGACACAUGCUUCAAAGCACAAAUGCUUCCACAAAGGCAAAAAUCAGAAGAUCUGAAAUUUAGCAGUCCAACUACUUGAAACCAACAGGCAAUUGAAAAAGAACCAGCUGAACGGAUUCCAUUCCACUCCAAUUUUACAGUGACUACAAUUAAAACAAGUGAAUACGAUGAACUGUAACUUUGCUCCAUUUGCUUUGAACAUAGAAACCAACUUAGUCAUGACACUUCAUCCAAGAAACCCUAUGUCUUUGCUAAUAUUUAUUUCUCAGAAAUAAAUUCAUGUUUUGUCUUAAAAAA